AUGUUUUACGGUUACGCGGCACUUUUCCCUAGGCAAUUCCAGGCUCACCGAAGUAAGUCGACGUUGGAUGGACUCUCCGAUGCCUCUGUUUUCUGCCUAAGUUUACUGUUCACGCACUUGGCCUGGCGGACUUCCCUCCUCCUAGGAAGUCUUCCACAAUUGUGCACUUUUUCAAGAUGA